CCAUACCUGAAUAUCCCUUUUUUUGAAAGGAAUCCAGGAAUACAGUUGGAACUGGAAGAAAACCCACGUGGAUCCAUUAAUCCCAACAUGUAUUUUAAUUUUAAAAACCAGGCCUUUCUCAACGCCUUAUUAAUUCUGGCCUUAGUAGUAGUUGACAAGCGCCAGGGUGGGGUGGUGUUUUUUUUCCUCCCCUAGGAAGAGCUGUUCAGAACAGCCUCUGAUCCAUCACAUGUGUCCCCCCCUCAAUUCCGACGGCCAGGUCGCCUGUGAGGGGGCUUCUCGGUUACCGGAGGGGGGGCGGCGGCGGAGAUGCGCUGGUGACAGGUGUCAAGCGGCGGCGCGUGCCCUGCCCCGGGGCGCCUCCAUUCAUUCGCCCGCGCCCCCUUUGCUCGGCGAGCCUGGGCGGCUGCUUCCGGCCGCUCCCCAGUGAGGCUGCGCGCGGAGGCUGGCUGGCUGGCUGGCUGGCAUGCCGAAUGGCUGAGGCGCCUGCCCGGCUCAUUCUAGCGACGGCAGGCGGGCGGAUUCGCGCCGGGGGUAAAAACCGAUCCCCUCCUUAUUGUCACAGGAGCCUCCAAGCGCCAUGGUCUCCUGGAUCAUCUCCAGGCUAGUGGUGCUUAUAUUUGGCACUCUUUACCCUGCAUAUUACUCUUACAAAGCUGUAAAAUCAAAGGAUAUUAAAGAAUAUGUAAAAUGGAUGAUGUAUUGGAUCAUAUUUGCACUCUUCACAACAGCAGAGACAUUCACGGAUAUUUUUCUUUGCUGGUUUCCCUUUUAUUAUGAACUCAAAAUAGCUUUUGUAGCUUGGUUAUUGUCUCCUUACACAAAGGGCUCCAGCCUUCUAUACAGGAAAUUUGUACACCCAACACUGUCUUCGAAAGAAAAGGAAAUAGAUGACUGUCUUGUCCAAGCAAAAGAUCGAAGCUACGAUGCCCUGGUACAUUUUGGGAAACGGGGGUUAAAUGUUGCCGCUACAGCUGCUGUAAUGGCAGCUUCCAAGGGUCAAGGAGCUCUGUCGGAGAGACUUCGAAGCUUUAGCAUGCAAGAUCUCACAACAAUUAGGGGAGAAAGCAGCAGCACAGUGACUCCGCCUCCUCCAGCCUCAUCAGUUCCAAUGCGGUCAAGUAGCAAGGAGAGCCGGCCCAGAACAUCCAAAAGUGCGUCUGACAGUAUUGGACGCUCAGCUUGUGCUUGUUGUACAGUUUGCAGAGUUGUCCAAGUGGUUGAACUAGAGGAUGAGUCAGACUUUGAAAAGUUACCUGUGACAAAUUAUGAACCAACUGACGUUGUAUCCUCAAAUGAUGAAGAAAAGGACUCAUUGGAUUGCAAACUCAAGACUAAAAUACCUCAAAAGAAGGAUCCACUCAUUGAGGCACCGCCUAGGAGCCUUAGACCUCGUUUCAGGAAAAAAAGUACCUCCUCAUCUGCCACUGAAACCAUGUGAGUAUGGUGAGCCAUUAGCACCGAGAUCAACAGAAUGUCUCUCUUCUGCCUUAAAAGAUCUACUCUGAUAAUAAUGUAAGAGGAAAACCAGUGGUGAGAUGGAUGUGUUUCUGAUAUUGCAGCAUUGUAAACAUGGCCUUUCAUGCUUCCUUUUCCAUAUGUUUGUGCUCUAUUUGUGUGCAUUGCAAACUUGCAACAAUGCUUCUUGCUAUCCUUGGAUUUAUUUGCAAAAUAGCAAUUUUUUUCAGCUACCAUGCUGAAGAUGUACAUUUGUAAUUAUUUAGCUGUGUCACCUUAAUUUUAGCUGUAUGAAAUACAAUCAGGAAAUGAAUUCUUCACUUGCUCUAAAUAUUUGGAACAACUGUAUUUAUUUUAGGUUUCACAAUGUAUAAAGCAGCCUAACAGGGGCCACAGUUUUUUUUCUACCUAAGCUGUAUCCAUCUUAUCUUUAUAAGACUCUGAAUUGUGUGGGAAGUCAUUAAUUCUUUUGGUUGUAGAGGCAUCAAAGUCUUAAUAGUAACAUCACAAUUUGUUAAUAUUUCAUUUACUGUUCAUCAGUUACAAGGUGUACCUCAUGAAACCAGUUGGACUUUGCCAUCUAAGUAAAGAAGAUUGGAAUUGCAUUGAUAAGAAUUGUAUUGUGUAUAAAAUGAAAAAAAAAACUUAUAAAUCUUGGCCAUUUUGUACAUGUCCAUAACACAUCUUUUUUAAAAAAAUAAUAAUGCUAGGAUGUAUGCCACAAUCACAUUAGCAAUAUACCGAUUGAUCUGGGUGUAAAUCAACCUUGUUUGCACAUGGAUUUUAAUCCUAAAGUGUACCCAGCAUGCAUGUAGACAUAUCAUUGACAGAAUGAUAGUAGACCAUUAUAGCUGAACUCCUUCAUAUAAUUCAGAGAUUCUGGCUGUAGUAUAGCUUCUGGUAUAGGUCACAAUAGUCUUUAGAUUGGGUGGUACAUUUGUAAUUAUAGAGAAGUACAAAAUGAGAAAAAUGUGCUAGGGCUUGUGUAUCUGUACUUCACAUUGGUGUAUCCUGUAAGUGUAAAGCAUGUAAAAUCUAGAAGUUAUUUCUGUAGACAUCUGUGUUUGCUCUUGGAUCUAUCUUGUUAGAAAACAUUUAAUAUUGUAGGACAUAAAAGAUCUUGCUGUUGAGAAAAGAUGGGCAGAUUACAAAUGAUACAACUAACAUCUUUAAUUUAUUGGUAAUGACAAGUGACUAUAUUUCAGGCUCCAAAAUUAACAUUACAAAGCUGCUUUUUAAUACUACUGUCUUGAACUUAAGGAACCAUAUCCCAACCUGCCCCCAGGUGCUUUCUAAAUGCUACCAUGGAACUUUCUGAGAUUUCUGGAAUGCUGUAAAUAUUCUACCAUUGCUUAAGCAUGUUAGCAACAUGAUUUCUGCUCUAUAAGAAAGAUGUUUCCCAAAGCAGCAUAUUUGGAUUUACUGCCAUUUCUAUAUUGUUGCUUAGUUAUGCGUGCAGAAGGCAAAAUGUGUUAACUAGCAGUGGCUUCCCACUACUAAAUAACAAGUUCUUGCUUUGAUUUUCAGAUGUAUGUCAGUCCAGUGGGUUGGCAUAUGCCCCAAAAUCCAAACAGGAAUCAUUAACUGUCAUUAAGAAGCCACUGCACAUCACACCACUUGUCUUCCACAAUCAUAACUAUGCAACAGAACUUUGGACAAUACUGUAUAUGAAAAGCUAGUGCAUGUACCUCAAAAUCUUUUGACUUGGACAUUCAUUAAAUAAUCUGCAAUCUAUGUGUCCAUAGCUGUCCCCUUUUCUGCACACACUUUAAAAAUUUCCACAUUAGCUGAAAUUACUUUAUCUUGCAAGCAGAUCAAUGUUUUGCUAUCAUGCUAUAUGUGAUGGAAUAAAAUGAAAAGUUGACCAAGUUAUAUUCAACUAUGCCAAAAAAGAUACAUCUCUAAGUGUAUCUUCAUAUACUGUAUUAACAUUUAUUUUAGCUAGAGUUAAAAAAGCAUAUCUGACCCGCUGUUUUAUCAAACACAUGACUGUUUUGGACUUCCUUUCAAGUGCUAAGGUGAACCUGUUUAAUUGCCUUAUUUCUCAAAUCAAUUCACUGUAAAAAAAAAGAAGUAAAAGCUGUCUGGCAGAUGUGCUUAAUUUAUCAGCCAAAUUAUAUAUCUGUGUAUAGAUCAGUGGGAAACAUAAAUGGGUCAUUAAGCAUACACUUGUGUUCAACAGAUGUUUAAUCUGUGCUGUAAUGGAAGCAGGUUGUUUAGAAGAAGUUGGCCUGGGGUGCUAUUAUUAUUCAUCAGAUAUUCAGCAAACCAGAGCAUCUAGCAUAUUACAAAUGCAAGGCACAUGCUUUCUGCAAAAUGACUAGGGCUAUAAAUUAUCAGUGGAAAAGUUACACAUCAUGUAGUAUUACUUAUUUAUACUGGGCAAGGCAGUGAGCAUUCCUCAUAUAUGCUUAAGACUGAUGUGCUCCACUGUCUAGCUCCAAUUCUCUCGUCUUAUUGCCUUGGACCAAUAGUGAGAGUCGUGUGCAUCUAUAGAUAGCCAACUCUAACCAACGCUCCUCAGCUUGUCCUUACUGUUUUUGCAUUUCAGAGGUGGAGAGAGCAAAAGGCCAAUCAGUGAAGGACGCACAUAGGUCUGAGGUUCCUGCUGCUGCAAUUUUAGUACUGUAAACUAAAAUUAGAACAUAAGGAUUCCCAAACAUAGACAAGCAUAGAAUUGCAUUUUGUCUGCACUUAGUAUAAAACCAGCCAAUCCAGAUUUUUCUUCAGAAGAGAGCAUGCUAUUGUGAUUUGAUAGCCCUCAUUCACAUUAUCAAUACAGUAUUAAUGUAGGUACCAUGGUUUAUCAAACCUGAUUGUUUAAGGAGUAGGGACCAUUGUUCAGUGUUAGGGCACAUGCUUUGUAUAAAGAAUAUCCCAGUUCCAUCCCUGAGCUAUCCAAUUGUGAGAUCAGCUAUGAGGUCAUAUGAAAGAUUUCUGCUAGAGACUCUUAAGAACUACUGCCAGUCACAAGAGAUAAUGCUGGGUAUAAAGCAUAAACAGUCUAACUUGGAACAAAGCAGCUUCCUGUGUAACUAAGAAGGCUGCUCUAUAUUAGACACAAAAACAAUUUCAAUGCAAAUGAAGAAUUCUGUUGGUAAUUUAAGAGAAAAGCUACAGAAGUAUGGUGGAAGAAGUUCAUCUCUAUUAUUUUGUUUUAAAAACUGAGAUAUUACAAAUGUCACAUACAGUGUGGAAUGCUCUUGACCAGUUUAUAAA